AUGGCGGUGGCUACCUCGCGGGCACAGCUGUUCAAGGACAAGGGAAACGGAUGCGUGCGGAGAGGUGAGCUGGCGCUGGCGGUUCAGUGGUACGACAAGGCUCUCGAGGUGCUUGGCGAGGUCGACGCAGGUAGCGAGCUGGCUCAAACUGCGGCGGCCAUUCUGGGCAACAAGUCGAUGGCAGCUGGCAAGAUGGCGGCGUGGGACGAGGCACUGGCGGCGGCGCAGGAUGCUGCCCGCCUCCGGCCGGACUGGCCCAAGGCCCACUACCGAGUCGGCCAGGCGCACGCUGCGCUUGGCGCUCACGCCGCCGCUAUCGCCGCAUUGACCGCCGGCCUCGCGCUCGCGCCCAACGAUGCCGCGCUGACCAAGGCGCUGGCCGAUGCCGAGGCGGCGGCGGCGGCAGCGGCGGCGGCAGGUACAGGCGGAGAGUCAGGCCGAGGCCCUGGAGGUGCGGCGCCGGCUCGGGCGUCGGUGGCCGAGGAGUCGGCGGCGGCGGCAGCGAUGGUCAUCAGUGACGCGCCGUCAGCCAAGGCCAAGGGAAACGCGCUGUUCAAGCUUGGCAAGUUUGAAGCCGCGCUGGAGGCAUACUCUGAGGCGCUGGCGCGUGCAAAGGCAGACGACGACGGGCGCGCGGUGUACCAUCUCAACGCCGCAGCAUGCUACAUGCAGCUGCGCCGGUUUGAAGACGUUGUCGCCGCUUGUGACGCUGCGCUGGCGCUGGGCCAGCUGGCGGACACCAGCAAGGCGCUCCUCCGCCGCGCCAUGGCCCACGACGCCAUGGACAACCCGGCCGGAGCCUAUGCUGACUUUAUGGCGGUGAUGGCUAGCGGCAAGCUUGCGCCCGAGUUCCAGGCCCGUCUCUCACGGCUGCGCAAGGCGCUCAAGGCUGACGGCAAGCUCUGA